GUUUGAUAUAAGUAAUUACUGGUUGGCAUCGCAUAGACCUUGGUAGAUAAAAAGUACAAGUACUUGGUCAGGAACCAAAAAGUGUAAUCGAAUCAAUUCAAUGUUCGUAAAGUCAAUUCUGCCUCAGUGCUGUCAGCCAGACUCAGCCUGUUAAUAAGUCCCAAGUACCUACGAACCUUGAAUCCAUCCAUCUGAUCCUCCGCAUUCCAAAUCUGUUAAAUCUGUUAUUCCUGCAUGCACCGAAGCAAAAAAAAAAAAAAAGUUUGGCUCUAAGACAACCUGUCAAGAAAAAGAGCCGAUUCGAAUAUUUGAUGACAUGCUAUCAUUGAACAAAUAGUAAAAAAAAGAAAGGACCUUAUCUCAACUAAAAGGUAACAAAGCCUUGAGCAUAGUAAGACGGUAACUAUACGAAGUACAUACAAUACAAGACUAAUAAACCGUUCUAAAUUGGGAAAGGCGCGGAAUAUCGUAUUGCGCGUGGGAAUGGAAACGGUAAUGGGAAUGGCUCCCAGUACCGGUACCAGGACCUUUCCUCCACCUCCCAUAUCUGUCACCCCCAUCAUCCACACCCCAGACGAUCACGAUUUCGAUCACGAUUACGGCUUCGAGGGCGGUGACGAUAAUAGCCAAGAUCAACCAAAUCACUUUGUCUACGAGGUUAACAGUCCACUACUUACGCCCACACAAGACACCUUUUACGAUCCCAAUCGCUUAUCGCCUGUCGCUCCCACUUUCUCCAGCAACAUCCACUUGAGUCCCAAUAUGACCUCAAGCUCUGCUAUAUUCAAUGGCUUCCAAACCGAGAACUCAUUGGCCAUUGAUAUACCAAAUUCCAAUUCCACCGCUGCUCCGAACCCUUUCAACUUCCAAACUCAGAUAAUAUCUACCUCACCCGUCAAACCCAAUGUUGGCCAGCGUCGUGGCCACAAAUACAAGCAUUCGAGCAUUAGCGCUCAGCAUCAGAUCUUCCAAGAGCCGCCGCCCAGACCCCCGCUUGCCCUUCCGCGCGAUCUACCCAUACCUACCGUAAGGGAAGCAUGGCAUUCCAUGUCCAAAGAUCAGCACCGCCGUUUGUGUUGGUGUAUAUGCCAUCUCUUUGUCGCCUUCUCUGUCUUCCUCUCAGCUCAUGGUUCUCUUGCCAUGACUGCCCUCUCUCACCUUAUCUUCUUCGACGUCGGUUCGGCACUUAUAUGCGUCGGUGUCGAUGUUUUGGGCAACUUCGAGGUGUGGAAACGCAGCAGCAUCCGGCAUCCUUUCGGUCUAGAGCGCGCUGAAGUUCUCGCCGGCUUUGCUCUGAGCGUCUUUCUUAUUUUUGGUGGCUUUGAUCUAGUCAGCCAUAAUCUGAAGCACGUCCUGGAGGGGCAAGGUGGCCACACGGCACAUCACCCAGACCCUCACGAGGGAGGAGAACCUAGAGUCUCGGGGGGUAGCCUGGAUAUGGUGAGUCUGGCUGCUAUCGUCGCAACGCUUGUUAGUGCGUAUGGCUUGAGGAAUCACGCCAGGAUCAGCAAGGUCAUGCGUGUGAGCUAUCUAUCUAGCCUACCUAGUGUCCUAUCGAACCCCUUCCAUUUCUUGACAUUAUCCACGUCGUCUCUUAUGGUCCUACUUCCUUUAUUCUCCAUCCCGAUCCACAUGUUCCUCGAUAGCGCCAUAUGUGGGCUAAUGGCUGUUGCCAUGUUCGGGCUCGGCGUUCGACUUGCCAUCGCCCAGGGUCUGAUGCUCCUGAUGAGCUACAGCGGACAUUCGAGCUCGAGCUCCCCCAACAGGAAUAAGGACCUCGGUGUGGCCGAUGUGGUACGCGAAAUAGAGGCCGAACCUAGCGUUGAGAAGGUCGAAGAGGCGCGGUUCUGGCAGGUGCACUACGGACUCUGCAUGGCAAACCUCAAGCUAUCAGUGGCAAAGAGCUGUGAUGAUGCGGCGACGAGCCGGCUUCGCGCUCGCAUAUCGAGUCUAAUACAGAAUCGUCUUGGAGAAGGGUACGGGAAAGGAGGGAGUUUGCGCUGGGAGGUUAGUCUACAGAUGGGUACGACUGCCCGGUUUUAAUUGUCUUUUUUUGGAGGGUCUCUUUUCUUUACGUAUACAUAUAUCCGUCCGAUCCACCUACCGCUCCAGCCGUUGUCAUGAUAUGUACAUUACAGGAGCACUUGCGAUAUGGGUGUCGGUUUUGGUGUUAGGGGUCGGGGUCGGAGUCGAAGCCAGGCGUAGUCUUUGGUACAUAGGUCAGACGGCGUGACACGAGAUAAGAAAAUAAAGUAAGACGAGAAGAGAGGCUAGAAAAUAAAACGAGUAUGCUUGAAGUCGGAUCUUGGUUGUAUAUAUUUUGAAGAGCGAGGCUUAGUUUUUUGUACAUAUCAAUACCUCCCUACCUAGCUACCAAUCAGCCUACUGUUUUGAACGGGGAAAGGAAAAUUAAGAUGGGGAUGGAGAUGGGUAAAUAGAUGAGUAAAUGAGGAUAUCCAUACAUACAUAAGAGUCAAUAUUGUCUAGGUCUUGGGGUUUGCGCGUGCCGUGACACUAGGUAGACGAGGGUGCGUAGGAGGCAUGUAAGGUUGAAUAUCGAGUAGUCUUUGUAUAAG